AUGCCCUGCCUCCUGCUCGCGGUGCUGCCUGGCGUCGCAGCGGUUAUCCUCGGGAGCCGCGGCGUUUUUCCGCCUCGCUCGAGCUGCAUCGCCAUGGCUCAACCAGAGUACAUCUUUGAAAUGGCGGAGGACCGCUCGUCGAUCCGGUUCGGCUGCCGGCAGCGCAGCCUCACUCCCGUCAAGCCCGAGGCGGGUGGAUCCCUGCAGGAGUUCAUCGGCAGCGACGCUUCGGCGAUCGUCAUGUCAUCGUGGGACGCCGGGCAGGUCCAGCGCGUCGACGGCACGGACGACGAGUUCCUGAUAGCGGUCGAGGAGUUUGACUUUGUGGCGCUCCGCUUCGCCGUGGAGCUCCGCGCAAAGUGCACGCUCGACGCCGCCACGACGACGGCGAGGCUCGAGUCGCGCGGCUUCCGCCUGAUCGGCUCCGGGCUGGGCAGCAUCGCAGACGCGAUCGACGUCCGCGUGACCGGCGCGCUGCGCCCGUCUGCGCCUGACGCGAGGCUCUGUGCGCUCUCCGGCGACGUCUCCUUCGUCGCCUCUGGCGCACUGCCGGACGUGCUUCGCGCCGCGCCGGAGCCGGCGCUCCGCGCGGCUGCAAACCUGAUGAGCAGGAGCCUCAUCGGUGCCGCACAGGAGCGGUUCAACACGCGUGUGCCGCGGGCGUACGCGACGUGGGCGCAGUCACGGUGAUAGAGCACCCUUUGGGGGAUGAGUUGCCAUAUUGUCACCA